CUUGUACGACUACGUACGUAUCCUAUUCUACGGUACCAAAGUUUUGAAAACAGCCUGCGCUCUUUCGAGUCACAGUUAAUUGCGUGAAAACAUGCUUUUCUUCUUGGGCCCUGGAACACAUCAUAGCAAACUUCAAUUAAACCGGAAGAACCGCCUUGCGACAGAAAUUUACAAGCAUUUUUCCUUUUUUUACCUUGUCGUCAUGAAAUCAAAAGUUUUCUCAUAAAAUCAAAACACAAUCAAAGCAAAAGCAAAACUUUCAAAAGCAAAAACCUAUCAAAUUAACAACAAACAAAAUGGAUAUCCUUCAAGUCAUCGCCAGCAAUGUUCCUGUCACCCAAAGUGUUAGUUAUUCUUGCGUCUUGACCAACACCUGGUCUGGAACAAGACAUCCUGUGGACUACGCAUCCAUCUCGGGAUCUGCCCAUUGGACCGAUCCUGUCCUUCUUUCACACAGUAGGAACUAUGAGAUUUGGUCUCCUGGAGCACUCGCUUCUCCCGGUGUCGAAGCCGUCGCUGAGGUAAGUUAACAAAUUAUAAAUUUUCGGUCCGCAUUGCAUAAAAUUGCCGUUGCAGGUUUCUCACCGAAUGCUUUAUUUUUCGACCUUUUCAACAAAUGCAGGGAGGAGUUACUUCACUUCUCGAAGGAGAAAUUUGCCUAGCGCAGGUCAAAGGAAAGGCAGGAGAACUUGUGAUUGGUCGCAACCAAUUUAAUGCGAUCGAUCCACCCCAGGUGUUUGAAUCUAUUACAUUGAACUCCAACUAUCCCCUUUUGUCAACAAUUACUAUGGCUGGACCAAGCCCCGAUUGGUUUACUGGAAUAUACAACUUCAGUCCUCUCGAUCCAACGCAACAAUUCUGGUAUCAAUCCUUCGAAAUUGCAACGUAUCCCUGGGAUGCCGGAACUGAACAGGGCACCACUUAUUCCAUCAACAACAACCCCGAAGUCCCCCACCAGCCUAUCUUCCGAUUGACGAGAGACACGGUUCCUGCCAGCGGCAUUCUUUUGGAUCCAACCAGAACCGAGGUCCUGCCAGUGGCAACAUGGAGCUGUGCCCUUGACGGCAUCGGCAGUGGUCGUGCUCUCAAAAAGGAAGGGGCUGCCUUCCAGCCCGAGACCACCAUCCAGUCUCUUUGCGGUGGCAAUCGCAAUCUUUCAGAGGAGGAGGAAGCUCCCAGUGCUGGUCUCCGUGGAACCACUCGCAAUUAGAUAUUUAUGGAUAUGGAUUAGAACCGAUAGAAAUAAAACCAUUGCAAUCCAUAGAACCGUUGGUCGUGAUGCGGUUGGAUUUUGGAAAACGAUGACACAGCGAAGUGCGAGGGGUUCUGAGCAUACCCGAAAACACGCUCAUCGCAAUUCAUCAAACCCAAAUGGCAUACUCUAAAUACUUAAAAUACAUAUUGUUAUUGAAA